AUGUUACGUGACCAUGCCUUGACCUCUCAGGUAUCGGUGUCGACCAUUCAAAUAGCUCACGCACAUUCAUGCGCUCAUUGGUCUCCGAAACUGAGUCUUCCGCUGGCAUGCUGUUAUUCGACGACGCCGAGUGCCUCCCUGGAUCCUACGGCUGAACAUGAUCUCUUCAAGCGUUUACGGAAGUUGAGGGGUAACAAGACCAUGAUAUUCUCCCACUCACCGGGAGGGACGCACGAUGAACUUAUGAAGAAAGGGGGAGAGUAUGCUCGGAUUUGGAACCUACAAGCUAAAUCUUUCAUUUUAACGACCAGACACCGGGACCACAACGAUACCCC